GCAGAGCUUCUAGAUGCUGCAGCUGGCAUUCAUGUACGGUUCAGAUUUGGUGGUGCUAAAUUUCCACCUGACAUAUACUAUAAAAUUUUUACUGAAAGACACAUUGAAGAUCUGUGUGCUAAUAGCCCUAGAGAUUACACAAAACUUUCAGCAAAAUAUGCAUCUCAUAUUAGAAGUGAUAAUCUUCAGAAACAGGAUUGUAGAGGCUGGUAUCGUCGUAUAGAGAACAAUGGCUGGAGGCUUGUUUCUCAUAGAUUUUGGUUGUCUACUGAACAUGCAAUUGGAGACAAAAAGGAAACCAAAUUUCAUUUCUCUAAACUGAAAAGAAGACAAGAUAUAGAAAAAGAGAGAAAAAUUAGAAAAAUACAAUGGAUGAAGCAAAUGUAUGUUGCCAGCUGGAAGGAAAUUGCUACAAGCGACUCUUCAGUUAACUUCAAAAGUUUCAGGUUUCAACAAGAACAGAAAUAUAUAUAUGACUAUGCAGCGAUAUCAGAGGGCAUGAGAACAUCCAAUAAUACUUCAUAUGGAAAUACUUUAGAAGAACCAAAUUUUACUAGCCUAACACCUAAUUCCCCUUAUGGAACAUAAAUAUAAAGUACUCUUUUCUUUUUUGAGCUAUAGCCCUUCAAACCCUGAUUACAUUCGCUAUACAUAAGAGAGAAGUUAUUCUGACUAGAAUGACAUAUAUUCUUCGCACAGAAUCUACCCAAUUAAGGAAGAUUAAAAAGAAAUAGAACAUU